AUGAUAAGUUUGGCAGGGCGCAUCACGCUGACAAAGUCAGUUCUUGGUUCAGUCCCGAUACACUCAAUGAGUUCUGUGAAACUCCCGGAAUCGAUGACAAAACGUCUUGACCUCUCUAGAGAUUUUGUGUGGGGAUCGACGGAGGAAAAGCGGAAACAGCACCUGGUAAAUUGGGAUAAGGUCUGCAGUCCGAAGGAGGAAGGCGGACUUGGAAUCCGAAAGAUAAGCCCUAUGAAUAAGGCCCUUUUAGCUAAAAUUGGAUGGAGGUUGCUGAAUGAUGAAACGAGUCUCUGGGCACGGGUUCUACGGAGUAAAUACCGCGUUGGCGAUAUCCAUGACACUGCGUGGUUAGUCGGGAAGGGCACAUGGUCAUCCACGUGGAGGAGUGUAGCUCUGGGGAUCAGAGAAGUGCUUCAACCGAGUCACGCUUGGGUGAUGGGAGAUGGUAAGAAAAUACUCUUUUGGACAGACAAGUGGCUUAUGGGGAAUAUCUUGAGAGAUGAGGAGGUCACUCCAGCCCCGGAGGCACUCUUAUGCUUGCCAGCAAGCGAGUUUUGGAUUGAUGGAGUUGGAUGGGAUCUGACCAGAAUUGCUCCAUAUGUACCAGAGACUACACAACUCGAGCUAGCAUCAGUAGUGGUUAAUAAGGCGACUGGGAAACAGGACAGAAUGGCAUGGGGAGAAACACCAUAUGGGAAGUUCACGGUCUCGUCUGCGUAUCGUUUUCUCACACGGGAUUCCUCCCUCAGACCAGACAUGAGCCAAUUCUUCAGGAGAAUUUGGAGAGUCAUAGCUCCCGAGAGGGUACGUGUUUUCUUUUGGUUACUUGGGAACAAUGGAAUCAUGACAAAUCAGGAGCGCUUCCGCCGGCACAUUGGAGAUACAGAGAUUUGUCAAGUAUGUAAAGCAGGUAUCGAAACCACCUUACAUAUCCUCCGAGAUUGUCCGGCCAUGAACGGAAUCUGGGAGCGCAUUGUCACGCGAGAGAAACGCCAGGCCUUUUUCUCGAUGUCGUUGCUUGAGUGGCUGUUCGUGAACUUGAGUGACCCUACAAAGACGGAGUUUGGACCCUGGUCCACGUUGUUUUCGGUAUCUGUGUGGUGGGCUUGGAAAUGGAGAUGUGGAAAUGUCUUCGAGGAUAAUAAACUGUGGAGGGACAGGGUCGGAUUUGUGAAGGAAUAUGCGAGGGAAGUGUCUCAGGUGCAGUCUACAGAAAGUGGGGCAAGAACGACAGUGCGAGAAGAGAGAUUGAUCUCAUGGUUACCCCCGCUGGCAGGUCAGUGGUGUGGUGGGUUUGCAUUGAAUAUUGGAAGAUGCACUGCGCCUAUGGCUGAGCUAUGGGGAUUGUAUUAUGGUCUAUGCAUCGCGUGGGAGAAGGGGGUCACAAGACUUGAAGUAGAGGUGGACUCUGCAUUGGUUGUUGGUUUCGUGAAGACAGGGAUCUGUGACACUCAUCCACUGUCGUUCCUGGUGCACCUGUGCCAUGGCUUUUUAUCAAAGGACUGGGAAGUCCGAAUCACUCAUACGUAUAGGGAGGCUAAUAAUCUAGCAGAUGGAUUGGCAAACUAUGCUUUUUCUUUACCUUUAGGAUUGCAUUCAUUUGAUUCAGUCCCUCCGGGCUUAGUGGCUAUUCUUUGUGAUGACGAGCGUGGAGUCUCGAGGUCGCGGCAAGUCCGUGUGUAA